UUACAUUGAGGGCCGAUUUUUCAAUUGUCAGAUAAACAAACAGAUAGGGUAUAUUCGAGAGAUAGCGAAGUUGAUGAAUUUUUCAAUGGUCGAGUAAGACCUAUUGGACGAAUAAAUCCUUAUCUGAGGAAUUAAUUUAUUUGCCGCCUUGACCGCCAGGUAAGUACUAUUCGAUUGAUAAUUUGACGCAGAUGACGUUUUAGUUUGAAGUUAUUUCUUGCGCUAUUAACAAUUUAUCAAUUUAUUAUGGAUAUUUUCGAUAAUAUUGAUGACUUGGCUAUCGAAGAAGAGACUUUAAUAAAUGAAUAUAUAAAUCCACCCGAAAGAAAAGAAAGAAUAAUCCGCCCAAGGCCUGAUCACUUUAGGAUUUGGGAUUCAAAAGAAUUUCAUCGCAGAUUCAGACUUCGGAAAGAGUCGGUGCAAUAUUUACUUUCCCUAAUUGAAAAUAAAAUCAAGCACCAAACAGAAAGAAAUCAGUGUAUUUCACCCAUGUUGCAGUUAUUAAUUGCACUGCGAUUUUAUGCCACUGGAAGUUUUUACAUAACUGUUGGUGAUUUUGGUGGUAUUCAUAGUUCCACUAUGUGCCGUAUUAUUAAAAAAGUUACUGAAGCUAUAGCAUCUUUAAGAACAAUAUUCAUAAACUUGCCAAGAAGUGACGAAGACAUCAGAAGCACUCAACUAGAAUUUUAUAAAAUAGCCAGAUUCCCUAGAGUAGUAUCGGCUAUAGAUGGCACCCAUAUUAGGAUUCAGUCGCCUGGUGGUAACACUGCAGAAGAAUUCAGGAAUAGAAAAGGAUUCUUUUCGUUUAAUGUUCAAGCAAUGUGUUCAGCAGACUUGAUGUUUCAAGAUAUAGUUGCACGUUGGCCUGGCUCUACCCAUGAUUGCAUGAUAUUUGCCAAUUCACAUGUGAAAUACCACUUUGAGAAUGGUGAAUUUGGCAAUGGAAUUAUACUUGGAGAUAGUGGUUAUGAACUAACUAAUUACCUACUCACUCCUUUUCAAAAUCCAGACACACCAACUAAGACUUUAUAUAAUGAAUCACAAAUUCGAACACGGAAUGUUAUUGAAAGGUGCUUUGGAGUUUGGAAAAGACGGUUUCCAGUCCUAAGUAUAGGAUUAAGGUGUAGGCUGCCGCUUGCACAAGAUGUGAUUGUAGCCUGUGCUGUACUACACAACUUGGCAAGAUCAAAAAAUGAGGAGGAACCUCCAGUGGACCCAGAAUUGCAUAUUCCACCACAGCCUAUAUUUCCACCCGCUAUAGCCGAUUUUACUGGUGAUGAAAGGUGCCAUACUAGGAACUUAAUCUUAAUAAAUUAUUUUCAUGCCUUACCUACUGAAUAAUCUAGGGCAGCCAAGCUCAAUUUUUCAACAGUUUUACUACAUAUAA